AGCGAAGAGCAACACUUGCGGCUCGCAUCCCGGUAGCCGACGCCGAGAGGCAGGUAGCUGGCUGGCUGGCGCUCGGGCAAAGCUCGCCCGGACUAGUGGGCACCGUCGACCGAAGGAGCAAAGGCAAAGGCGACGCCGGCGGACAAGUCUUCCACACACACACACACACACCAUCCUUCCUUUCAACCCCAAGCUUUGGAAGCGAAUCGGGUUAUCCUGGGUUGAGCCGCCGCCGCCGCCGUCUUUCUUUCUUCCCCCUCCCCGAAGUGGUGGGACUUAGCCAGACGGGUUUCUCCCCCCCCACCCACUCCUUCGAGCCGCGAAGCGAAACAACCCCGCCUCUUUGAAGAUAAUAAAUUCCAAUGGAGGGUGUUUCUACCGUCUAAGCAUUCUCUCCUUAUGUUUACAUUGGUCUAAAAACACGAUGGAACGCUAAGUAAAUCUUCGUUGCUGCAGGAUGAAUCGGAUGACUACAGUCUGGAAGGAAGCAGAAUAAUUGUGUCGUCUUCUUCAGUGGUGAUUUGCUUAGUGUGUGGAACAAUGCCAGAAGGACUAGCAGAAAUGCUUAUGGAUACAUGGGCUCCAUUAGUAAUAUUAUGGAUUACUGCAUUUCCAUCUAUAUACAUGGCUCCCAUCAAUCAUUCUCAAGUACUACCCAGUCGGUCCAGUAGAGGACUAAGUGAACUCAAUGAAGAACAAAGAGUGUUGAACCGUUCGAAGAGAGGUUGGGUAUGGAAUCAAAUGUUUGUGUUAGAAGAAUUUUCCGGACCUGAACCUAUAUUAGUUGGACGGCUACACACGGACAUGGAUCCAGGAAGCAGUAAGAUCAAGUACAUCUUGUCAGGUGAUGGUGCUGGGACUAUCUUUGUGAUCAAUGACAAGACAGGUGACAUCCAUGCCAUGAAGAGACUUGACCGGGAAGAAAAAGCAGAAUACACAUUGACUGCUCAAGCAGUAGAUAGGGAUACAAACAAGCCACUGGAGCCUCCUUCGGAAUUCAUCAUUAAGGUCCAAGACAUUAAUGACAACCCACCAGAAUUUGUAGACGGCCCGUAUCAUGCGACUGUUCCAGAAAUGUCUCUUGUAGGUACUUACGUUACUAAAGUGACAGCCACCGACGCAGAUGAUCCUGUUUAUGGGAACAGUGCCAAGCUAGUCUACAGUAUUUUGGAAGGACAACCUUAUUUUUCAGUUGAGCCACACACAGCGAUCAUCAAAACGGCUCUUUCAAACAUGGACCGGGAAGCCAAAGAGGAAUAUACUGUGGUCAUCCAAGCAAAGGAUAUGGGUGGACACAUGGGGGGACUCUCUGGAACCACCACUGUGACUAUUACUCUGACUGAUGUCAAUGACAAUGCUCCGAAGUUUGCACAAAGUUUGUAUCAUUUCACAGUAUUGGAAGACAUUGCUGUUGGUGAAGCGAUAGGAAGGGUUAAAGCAAACGACCUGGACAUCGGUGAGAAUGCGAAGUCGUCCUAUGACAUUAUUGAAGGAGAUGGAAUGGAUAUUUUUGAGAUCACCUCUGACUCUCAGAGUCAGGAAGGCAUUAUCAGAUUAAGAAAGCCCUUGGAUUUUGAGACCAAAAAUUCAUAUACGCUGAAGGUAGAAGCAAGCAAUGUCUAUAUUGAUCCACGUUUUAUCAGCAUGGGACCCUUCAAAGAUACGGCGACAUUAAAAAUUGUAGUGGAAGAUGCUGAUGAACCCCCAGUCUUUUCAUCACCAACGUAUCUACUGGAAGUGCAUGAAAAUGCUGCCAUUAACUCCGUGAUUGGUCAGGUGACCGCCCAUGAUCCAGAUGGAUCUUCAAGCUCUAUAAGGUUUUCCAUCGAUCGGAACACUGACCUUGAGAGACAAUUCAACAUUAAUACUCAAGAUGGAAAGAUAACAUUGGCCACACCGCUGGACAGAGAAACUAGCACAUGGCACAAUAUAACCAUUGUAGCAAUGGAAGAAAGAAAUCCUAGUCAAAUAUCUCGAGUACCUGUUGCUAUCAAAGUUCUUGAUGUAAAUGACAACGCUCCUGAACUUGUGUCUGGGAAUGAAGCUUAUUUAUGCGAAAAUGGAAAAACUGGAAAAGUCAUUCAUACCAUGAGAGUAAUUGACAAGGAUGAUCCCAAAAAUGGACACUAUUUUGUUUAUAACCUUCCAUCUGAAAUGGCCAACAACCCUAAUUUUACAAUUAAGGAAAAUGAAGAUAACACGUUCAACAUUUUGACCAAACGCAACGGAUUCAGCCGGCAGAAACAAGAAGUCUAUUUUUUACCUAUCAUCAUCAGCGACAGUGGGAACCCUCCAAUGAGCAGCACCAGUACUCUUACCAUUAAAGUCUGUGGCUGCAGCAAUGAUGGCAUUGCCCAGUCCUGCAAUGCUGAAGCUUAUGUUCUCCCUAUCGGUCUCAGCAUGGGUGCUUUAAUAGCAAUUCUGGCCUGCAUCAUUUUGCUUUUAGUCAUUGUGGUGCUUUUUGUAACAUUAAGGAGACAUAAGAACGAGCCUCUGAUUAUCAAAGACGACGAAGACGUGAGAGAAAACAUCAUCCGGUACGAUGACGAAGGAGGCGGCGAAGAAGACACCGAAGCAUUCGACAUCGCGACGUUGCAGAACCCAGACGGAAUAAAUGGAUUUUUACCCCGUAAGGAUAUUAAACCUGAUCUUCAAUUUAUGCCCAGGCAGGGCCUGGCACCUGUCCCUAAUGGGGUUGACGUUGAUGAAUUUAUCAACGUUAGACUCCAUGAGGCUGAUAAUGACCCCACAGCUCCUCCGUAUGACUCAAUCCAGAUAUAUGGUUAUGAGGGAAGAGGAUCGGUGGCUGGUUCCUUGAGUUCUUUAGAGUCAUCAACUUCAGACUCAGAUCAAAAUUUUGACUACCUCAGUGAAUGGGGACCCCGUUUUAAAAGACUUGGGGAAUUAUAUUCAGUGGGGGAAAGUGACAAAGAAACUUGACAGUGGAUUA